UCUUGUCACUGUAGAAUAAACUUUAAUUUUAAUUUGUUCAUGUUUUUCUAAGAUUUAUAAUUCAUCUACUAUUCUAUUUUAAAUUAUAAAAAUGUCAAGUUUUCUCUAAUGCAAUCAAAAUAUUCUUUUAUCAGUACAUUUCCAAGGAAACUCAUUUUUCCAACUGCAUGUUUAUGAAAUCAUUUUUCAAGUUUUGUUUAUUGCUUUCAGUGUUUCAAAAUACAUCAAUACAUUUAUUCAAUGUAGUAUGUAAUAAAUUCAACACCUUAAUUUACUUUUUCUUGUACUUUACAGCAGAACCUGGAUUUUGGAGCACUUGCGCACUGAAGUCACCUCAAACCACUUGUCAGAAGACUGAUAAACGGCAAACCAAGCUGUGGCAAGGGACAAGGGAUGAAGGGGUAAGAAAUCAAUCCCUAUCAACCGCGGUGAGCAGUUCUUACAUUCUUAGCUAAUAACACCAUACAGUUCAUCUAAUAUUCAAGCAACCCAUGUAAAUAUUUUGUUAUUCCAAUGCAGUUCUAAGCUUCAUUGAUUUCUGGAAGUCUAAUGAACGUACCUGUCUGCGGUACUCAAGCGGAGGAUGCAGAACCGACCGUACAGCGAGGCAGUGGAGUUUUCUUCAGACUUCGACGCUGCAAAAACUCUUGCUGCUCUAAAUCUGCCAAAAAGAUCUACUAUGGAGUUUGUGUCACAGUCUUCGUUACGGCUUCCUGGGUCGGAGCAACUCAUGCUAUCAAGUACCUCUACUUUCGGCCAUACAGACCACCGAGCAAUUCAUCUUCCAUCAAUCAAGAGCCUAUGGUAACCUACAAUGCUCCAUUCUUCACGACAUGGUUCAUCACCAACUGGACUGUGCUCUUCUUUCCCCUCUACUUCGUCUGUAAGCUGAUUUCUACGCGCUGUCAGUCACCAUCCGAAAUCAUCGGAGAAAGCAUUCGCAAUUUCCGAGAUAAAGGUUUCACUGCCGGCCGAUUCUUGACCCGGUGCUCGCUGUUCUGUUUCCUAUGGGUUGGCACCAACUACAUGUACGUUCACUCGCUGCGAAUCCUGCUGGCCACAGAUGUGAUGGCUCUCUUCGCCACGAAUGUGUCCUGUGUCUACCUGCUGUCCUGGGUCAUACUGCAUGAACAGUUUGUGGGGGUCAGGAUAGUAGCAGUGAUCCUGUGCGACACAGGCGUAGCUCUACUGGCCUACAUGGAUGGCAUCACCGGAAGUCCCACACUGAGUGCCGUCGUGCUCGCCGGAUCAGCUGCUGCUGGAUCAGCUGUUUACAAGGUGCUGUUUAAGAAGGUGAUAGGUGAUGCAAGCUAUGGUCAGGUGGCCCUGUUCUUCUCUCUGAUUGGUCUGCUGAACGCUGCUCUUCUGUGGCCUCUCUGUCUAACCCUCUACUUCACCGGAGUCGAAACCCUCUACUGGGAUAAACUUCCCUGGCCAGCACUACUUGCUGCUAGCAUUUUAUCAUUAGUUGCCAAUCUCCUGGGUAAUUUUAGUGUUGCACUCACCUACGAUUUAUUCAUAACCCUGGGUCUUAUCACUGCCGUCCCUGUUUCCGCUGCCCUUGAUGUGGUUCUAUACGGCGCGCAUUUCGCAGGAAUGAAGCUAGCUGGUAUUAUAUUAAUAUCGGUUGGAUUUUUUCUAGUGAUGUUCCCAAAUAAUUGGCCAGAUUAUAUUACUAGAUUGCUUAGAAAUAUUAUCUUGUUGAGUCAUAGUGCUAGGAAAGAUUACAACGAACCGCUUGCCGAAUCCCUGUAACUGCUCUACUUCUUGUGUACUUUGCUUUUGAGAUGGAGCCGCCGUCACCGCCACGGAUCGCAGGCGAAUCAGCAGCGGACCGUCAUCGACUACCGGACGGGUUACAUCCGGUCGCAUCUGCGCUCUCCUUCCGGUCGUGUGAGAUGACCCGACCCUGGCCCCGACCUCGAUACAAACAUGUGAUAAUAUCAAUCAACCAUUUUAAAUCUCCUCUUACUGGACACUGUCCAUUCAUUUUAUAGUAGCACUACUUCUUCUCGUGUUCUAAUUCUCUUGUUAAUCGUUCAUGAAUUUAAUGUGCAUUUUAUCGAAAACGUUAUAAUAGCGAUAGUAAGUUAUACUAACUGAAACAUGUUCAAAUCUGAAGAGUAUAACUGUUAAACUAAAAA